AGUCUUGAUAAGCCGGAAAGGUUAAUCACCUACCCGUAUUAAUAGUAUAUCGCAGACGCCGCUCAGGUUACAGCUGGUCCUAAGUAUUACUUAAUUCAGCAAUUAGGUUCUGCCUGCUCGUGUCAGCGUACUUUGUAAGCGUGUUGGUGCGACCAGACGCCUAGGUAAUUGAAACGUGCGAAAAAAAAUGAAAACAGAUGGAAACCGUUGGGGGAAGAUCCACGCCUCCUCAGGGCGGCGUAAAUAAUUUUGCCAAUUAAGAGCGUUGAGCGUGCGGCAUUCCAAGUUGGAGGCUGGGUUGCCGAGUCAGAGUCAGUCACUCAGAGACGGCGCUAUCAGCAGCAUGCAUAAACUGCAGCCCAAACUGGACGUGGUCCAGGAGAAACCAGACUCGGGCACUACGGCAUCCACGGAGGACAGCCAACUGGAUUCGAUUAUCGUUCAGAUUGGACAGUUUGGUCGCUUCCAGAUCACCAACUAUCUGCUGCUCUGCCUGCCCAUCAUAUGCAAUGCCUUCUACUCCAUCUCGUACGUAUUCACCACCAGUAUUAUGGAUCACAGGUGCAAUAUUACCCAGUGCGACAGCCCCGACAGCAGCUACUCCGCUCCAUUUCUGAACUUUACGACCCCCAAUAGCCAUGGAGCAUGGCAUCAGUGCGAGCACUACGAAUUCAACUCUGAAAUGGACACUAAAGCUCCAGCUUGCAAUGAAGGCAAUUUUAACCAGAGUCGCCUGAUCAGCUGUGAGGCAGGCUUCAAGCUGGUAGAAGACGAACGUACCAUAGCAAGCGAGUUUGGAAUCUUUUGCGCCGAUCAGUGGAAGCUCUCGAUGGUGGGCACAGUCAACAACAUAGGACAGUUUGUGGGCAUAGCCCUCGGAGGGUAUUUAGCAGAUCGAUAUGGCCGAAAAACCCUCCUCGUUGCAGCUGGAAUUCUCAGCGCUUUCGCCGGACUGGCACGCUCCCAUGCCCCAAACUAUUACAGUUUUCUAGGCUUCGAGUUCCUGGACAUGGCCGUCGGCAGUACUCUCUUUCCUACCGCAUUUCUAUUGGCUCUCGAGCUGGUGGGCCCGAAGCACCGUGUGGUGGCUGCCACGUCGAUCACCCUCACCUAUGGACUGGCCGAGGCCGCGUUGGGCUAUCUGGCCGACUAUAUCAGGGAUUGGCGGGUGCUGCUACGCGUGCUAUACACCCCGGCGCUGCUGCACUUGAUCUUCAUCUGCCUGCUGCCGGAGAGUGUGCGCUGGCUGCUGAGCCAGUCGAAGGAGCUGGACGCCAUGAACAUUCUGCGCAAAGUGGCUCGGGUAAAUCGAAAAUCAUUAUCGGAGCAGCAGCUGACUGAGUUGAUGCGCUCCAACCGCCAGCUAGUGGCUCGGUCCUCAGCCUCAGGGGGGCACUACAGCAUACGGCAGAUUGUUAAUGCUCUUGGCUGGCGCAUUGCCCAGUGCUGCUUCGUGUGGUUCACCAACACCUUCAUUUGCCUCGGGCUGAGCCUGAACUCCAGCGCGCUGAAGGGCAGCAAGUUCGAGAACUUCAGUGUGUUGGGUUUCAUGCAGUUGCCUGGCUCUCUUUUGGGCACAAUGUUGAUGCAUCGAAUUGGGCGACGCUGGGCCCUAACCUCCUGCAUGACGUGCUGCACGAUCUUUCUACUGGCUGUACCUGCCUUGGAGGAGGCUUACCCGGUAACCUCCUCAGUGCUAUAUUUCAUGGCCAAGAUGACCGCCACUGGCAGCUUUGUGAUUUUGUACUUUUUCACCGCUGAGAUCUUCCCCACGAACUGCCGAAACAGCCUGCUCUCCUUCUGCUCGAUGGUUGGUCGCUUUGGCUCCAUGCUGGCUCCCCAAACUCCUCUUCUGAUUCCCUACUUCAAGUACGCCCCCCACUUUCUCUUUGCCAUAUUCGGCUUUGCCUGCGCCUGCCUUACGCUAUUCCUUCCGGAAACCACAAACAAGCCACUGCCCACCACGCUGGAGGAGGCACGCUCCCUGGACAGAAGCAUGCCAAAGCCCCUGGCAACAAAAAGUGCUGUCUAAUCGAAAAAUAAACAAAUAAAUUUCGAUCGGUGCGUGAUCAGCAAUUAAACAUUUAUAAAUAUAAGAAACCACGCGAAUUUUUAGACAUUUUUUAGGCAAGUUUUA